ACGCUCACUGGGAGGUGCUGGAAACAAGUAUGGGGUUGUUGUUAUAUUCAUCGUUUUAGUUGAUGCGGGGGAAAAGAUAAUCGCAUGCCAUAGCAGAGUUGUUAAAUUAUUGGUUUGAAUUGCUUGUCAUAUCCUACUUCAAACACAUUUUAUUGUCACUGAGUAACACAAUGGAUAUUAUUGAGACGGUUGUAACAGAGAGUAUUGAAGUAGAUGAAACUCCAACGGCGUCCAGUUUGGCAACAGAUAAAUCGAAAGCAGAGUUUGUAUGGACUUUACAAGCCACAUGGGAACUUGUCCAAACCCGCCUCGAAAUGGACCAGGACUUUGACCAGCCAGUGUGCAAGAAAAAGAAACUGUGGGAGACAGUGGCUGAGAGAGUGACUGCCAAGCUAAGAGCAGCUGGGAGCAAAGAUGUCACAGUCAAGGCAUAUGAGUGUGAUCUGAAGUGGCGUAACAUGUUGGCCACAUACAGGAAAAAUGCUGAGAGGUCCAAGAGACUGGGGGCCCAGAGUGUCCACUGGGAGUUCUUCAAGGCCAUGCAUGAGGUCCUGGGGAAGAGUCGGGAGGAGAUCGAGGCACAGCGCAGGUCCAAACUCAACGGGACCAAGCUGGGCAAGGCUAUUGCCAGCAAGCGGCCCCCCCAGGAUGUCCUGCAGCUGUACAUGGAGCUGCAGGAGAGGAAGAUGAACAUGUGGGCCCAGCAGAAGGCCCUGGAGGAGAGGAAGAUAGAGGCCAUCAAUAAUCUAGCCCGUGCAAUCUCCAGUUUGUCUCACAGUCAAAACAACAGUUUCCAGCUGCCAGAGUAG